CCACCAGCCAUGAUUGUCAGAUCUCAAGGCAUCAGAGGCAGCUCCAGGGGCUUCAGCAGUGGGUCAGCAGUGGUGGGUGGGGGCAGGCGGACUGGCUUCAGCUCUGCCUCCAUCUCUCUCGGUGGAGGCUGCAAAUCCUCUUCUGGAGGCUUUGGCAGCCAGAGUCUCUAUAACGUUGGAAAAAACAGGAACAUCAGCAUGGUGGGGAGCCGGCAAGGGGCUGGCUUUGGAUUCAGUGCUGGAGGCUUUGGUGCUGGAGGCUUUGGUGCUGGAGGCUUUGGUGCUGGAGGCUAUGGUGCUGGAGGCUUUGGUGGAGGAUUUGGUGGGGCGUUCAGUGGCCAAGGGGGAUCCAACUUCCCUGUGUGCCCUGCUGGUGGGAUCCAAGAGGUGACCAUUAACCAGAGCCUGCUGACCCCACUCCACCUGGAGAUUGACCCAGAGAUUCAGAAGGUGCGGACAGAGGAGCGGGAGCAGAUCAAGACCCUCAACAACAAAUUUGCCUCCUUCAUUGACAAGGUGAGGUUCCUGGAGCAGCAGAAUAAAGUCUUGGAGACCAAGUGGAAUCUCCUGCAACAGCAGACAACCACCACAUCUAGCAGAAACCUAGAACCUUACUUUGAGACCUAUAUCAACUGCCUGAGGAAGAAGCUGGACAGCUUGCUCAAUGACAAGAGUCGCCUACAGUCUGAACUGAAAACUAUGGAGGACAGUGUGGAAGAUUUCAAGAACAAAUAUGAAGAAGAGAUCAACAAGCGUACAGCUGCUGAGAAUGACUUUGUGGUCCUCAAGAAGGAUGUAGAUGCUGCUUUCAUGAACAAAGUGGAGCUGCAGGCCAAGGUGGAUGCCCAAAAUGAUGAGAUCAACUUCUUCAGGGUCCUUUAUGAGAUGGAACUGUCCCAGAUGCAGACCCAUGUCAGUGACACCUCUGUGGUCCUCUCCAUGGACAACAACCGAUCGUUGGACCUGAACAGCAUAAUUGCUGAGGUCCAAGCACAGUAUGAGGAUAUCAUCCAGAAGAGCAAGGCAGAGGCUCAAAAUCUGUACCAGAACAAGGUCCAGCAGCUUCAGAAUUCUGUUGACCUGCAUGGUGAUAGCCUGAAGAAUACCAAGAGUGAGAUCGCUGAGAUCAACAGGAUGAUUCAGAGGCUUCGGGCUGAGAUUGAGAACGUCAAGAAGCAGUGCCAAACUCUGGAGACAUCGGUGGCUGAUGCUGAACAGCGUGGGGAGGUGGCUCUGAAGGAUGCCCUCAGCAAACAGACUGAGCUGGAGAGUGCCCUGCGGAAGGCCAAGGAGGAGCUGAACCGGCUGUUGCGAGAAUAUCAAGAGCUGAUGAACGUCAAGCUGGCCCUGGACCUUGAGAUUGCCACUUACAGGAAGCUGCUGGAAGGAGAAGAGUGCAGGAUGUCUGGAGAAUGCCAGAGUGCUGUAAGCAUCUCUGUGGUUGGUGGCAGUGUCAGCUCUGGAGCUCUCGGAGGAGGAUUUGGAGGCCACUCUGGCUUUGGGCUGGGCAAUGGUUUAGGCAGCGGAAGCAGCUUUGGGAUUAGCGGUGGUGGUUCCAGCACCAAAAUUGUCUCCUCCUCUGGCCUAACCAAAAGGAGCAGCCGAUAAUGCUUCUCCCAGGCAUGUGUCAGAGGAGGAAGUCUCCACAAUGCUGUCAAACUGCUUCAGUGUCUUCUCAACAUUGUUCCCUGCCUGCUGCUUGGCCCCUGGGAAAAUACCAGCUCAGCUCAGCUCCAGAUGUCUUGGGCUGGGGGAGCCUGGGCUUUGGCAGGGGUGGGGCCUGGGUUUCUUAAGCUCUGCACUCAGCCGUGGUACACCUUGAAAGUUACAGGUUGGAGUACCUUCCCUUCCCCACUUAAAAAGAAAAAUACAUAAAUAGCUACACUUUGCAUACUGCCUUUGCUGCCAUUCAGGGGCUAAUGCCUACAUCACUUCUGGGUCUUUAUAUGUGCAUGGGCAAGGGUGAGGGUUUUAAUUUAGGACUACAGAAUGAAGACUAGAUCCAUGAUUUCAUGGGUUUAGUGAAGACAAAGUAGGGCAGCACCUUCUCUGUAAUUAGUAGUCUUAAAAAAUGUGUCUUUUCUAAUUAAAAAGUAUUGAUUUUCUCUCCCUGUCAAUCUCUGCUGGGUGGGCAGAGAGAGAGAAAAACAAGACCUUUUUUUUUUUUACAU